AUGAGUCAGCACACUCCGACUACAAGCCAACCACAAUCGUCAAUCAACGAUGAUAAUGACAUCGCUUCCCUCGUUAUAUCCCCACAGGAACAACUUCAUGAUUUAGAAAAACAACAAACCAAUGCCAGCAGUAAGAAAUUCAAAGAAGCAGAUGCAGGUGAUGGUACUUCUAAAGAAGAUCAUUAUUUGCAUGGCACACAAUUAAUACUUUGUUUUGUUUCAUUAUUUUUGGUGUUAUUCAUAUUUGCAUUAGAUCAAACCAUUAUUGCUACUAUUUUAACUACAGUGGGUACUAAAUUUAAUUCUUUUGCUCAAGUGGGAUGGCUUUCUAGUGGAUUUUUAUUAGCCAUGGCUGUUUUUAUUCAACCUUUUGGUAAAUUGUCUAUUAUCAUUGGUCGUAAAUGGGCCAUGGUAGUUGCCAUUAUAUUGUUUGAAGGUGGUUCAUUAAUGUGUGCAUUAGCGAGUAGUAUGAAUGUUUUAAUCGGUGGGAGAGUUUUAGCCGGUGUUGGUGGUGCCGGUAUUAAUAGUGGUGUUUUCGUCAUUGCAUCUGAAGUUGUUCCAAUUAACAAACGUCCUUUUGCAUUGAGUAUUUUUUCAGUAACUUUUGCUAUUGCUUCAGUGUUGGGUCCUUUAAUUGGUGGUGCUUUCACUUCUCAUGUUACUUGGAGAUGGGCAUUUUAUAUUAAUUUACCAGUUGGUGGAUUGGCUUUAGCUGUUUUCUUGUAUUCAUUCCGUCCUCCAACUCCAAAAGUGGAUAUCAAGGCCGAAUUGUUGAGAUUUGAUUAUUUUGGUACAUUUUUGUUGAUUUCAGGAUGUGUGGUGUUUUUAUUAGCAUUAACUUUUGGUACUGAAGAAUUCCCAUGGAAUUCAAGUGCUGUUAUUUCAUGUUUUGUUAUUGGUCCUGUUUUAUUGAUUGCAUUCUGUAUUUGGAACUUUGGAUUCUCCAAGAAUCAAAUCAUUGGUACUGAAGUUGUUAAAGUUCCACAAAUUAUUGCUUCUACUCUUUGUAUUUCUGGUAUGUUUUCUGCUUUCAUCAUGUCAUUAAUCUAUGGAUCUAUUUAUUUCCAAGUUAUUAAAGAUGCUUCUCCAUUAGGUGCUGGUCUUCAUUUACUUCCAACAGUUAUUGCUGUGGUUAUUUCUUCCAUGGCUUCGGGUAUUUUAGUGCAGAAACUUAGAUUUGUCAAACCAUAUAAUAUUGCUUCAGGUAUUCUUGGACCAAUCGGUUGUGGAUUAUUAACAUUACUUCAAGUUGAUUCAUCCUUCUCCAAACAAGUUGGUUUAUUGAUUAUUAUUGGUGUUUCUGCUGGGUUAGCAAUGCAACCAUCAAUUUUAUCAGCACAAAUUAAAGCACCAAAAACUCCAUCGGGUAUGAUUAUGACUACUAUUUUCAUUAAUUUUUCUAGAUCUAUUUUGUCUGCUUUUGGUACUGUUUUAGCUGAUGCUGUAUAUACUGCAUCAUUGAGAAAUAUUUUCAAGAAGAAUGUGGCUAAACUUACUGAUCCUGAAAUAUUACAAGAUUUACAAAAACUUAAUAUCAAUGAAUUAAUUUCAUCUACUGAAAUUUUGAAAACUUUAAAUCCCGAAACUGUUCAUUUUGUUAAAACUCAAAUUAUGGAUGCUAUAAGAAAUGUUUACUAUACAACUAUUGGAUUUGCUGUUAUUUCAUUUUUGGCUUGUUUCUUUGUUACUAACAAGAAAUUACCUGCUCAAGUUGAAAUGAGACCAAAAACUGAAAAGAAAGACGAAGAAGAUAUUGAGGUACAAGAAGAAACUAAUGAAACCCUGCAAUCCCUGGAGUCUUUGGACAAAGAUCUUGAAAAGCCAAGUGAUAAAUAG